AUGUGGAAGUCUGCAGUGAGAAUCGCUGCCGGGAAUCUCAAAUUCAAUCGGAGGUCUUGGAUUCUAAACGACACCGUCUGUCAUUUCCCGGCGCAGACUUCAGCCGCCGCGGGAACACUUCUCCCGAGCUUAGAUCAUGUUAAUCGCUGCUUCUCUUCUUCUAAGAGCACGAAAUCUGCUAAUACCAAGACGAAGAAAGCUGACGGAAAAAAAUCCAAAACCAAAGGCGGCGAUCCAGGUGCCGCCGGAGCCGAAGACGGAGAGUUUGGUGCUUCCGGUGGAGAUGAUCUCGAGGCGGCUCGCGCCAAGAGGCUAGCUGAUGAUGAGAAGGUUCCGUCUCUAGAUGUAGGUCCUAAUGGACGACCUCUCUUCACUCCCAAAGAUACUACCAUUUCGCAGCUAUCUAACAAGGAUAUCGGCUCCUACUUCAAAUUCGAUGAGGCAGCACUGAAAGCGGUUUUGCCGGAGGGAUUGGUUUCAGGAAUUGAAGAUGAGUUUAGAGAAUCAUUUAGACCUGCUUUGCUUGUGAGGAAAAGUUACUUAGCUCUCAGAGAUAACUUCAGACGCAUUGCUGAUCCUCCCAUGUGGCCAAGUGAGAGUAAAGGUGUCAAACUUAAGAAGCAGAUUGUCUUGGAUGGUCCUGUUAAAUGUGGAAAGAGUAUUGCUCUGGCGAUGCUUGUUCACUGGGCACGUGAUGAAGGCUGGCUAGUUUUAUACGCACCGAAAGGCCGUGACUGGACUCAUGGAGGAUACUUCUAUAAGAAUCCGCAUACUGGAUUUUGGGAUACUCCUCUACAAGCUGAGAACAUUCUCAAGGAUUUUGUCAAGUUCAAUGAAUCCCGGUUAAAAGAGUUACGCUGCAAAAUCUUUGAUCCCAUCGUGCUUGGAGAGGGUGCGGGUGUAGGAUACUUGAAAGGAGCAGAUAGUAUGCCGAUUCCCGAGGAUUCAACUCUGUAUGACCUUGUGCAAAUGGGUAUUAAGAGCACUCAUGCAUCUGUUAAUGUGGUGGUGCGGCUUAGGAAAGAACUCUCACUCGUCAAAGAUGUACCAGUGUUGAUCGCAAUUGAUCAAUAUAACAGUUGGUUUACAUUCAGUGAGUUUGAGGAGCCCGUAACACCACGUUCUUGCCGACCUGUACAUGCCAGAGAGCUUACAACAGUGAAUGCUUUCAGAAGCAUGAUGCAUGAUGAUAUGAUGGUGGGUGCAUUCUCACAUUCAACAGCAGUAGGAAAGCUACGUAAAGACUUGCCAGAUGUUCCUGCUGAUGCUCGUCUGGAUUUCCCUCGUUAUAGUUUAGAUGAAGCAGAAGCUGUUUGCUAUUACUACCUUCGGCAAAGACUAGUUCGGCGUGAAGUAUUCUCAGAAGAAAACUGGAAGAAGAUAUAUUAUUUGGCUAAUGGAAAUGGAGCAGAGAUGCGUUGGUUAGUCCCUUUCAUGCGUUGA